AUAUAUAUGUGUAUAUCUCAAAACAAGACAUUGUUUAAAGAAAACAUGCUUUUCCAUCCGGCCGGCUGUUAUUUUGGGUUCAGAGGGUGAAGCUGAGCUUACUGUCUCUUUCUCCUGAAUCUUUCAACCACCUGUGACAACUCUUCUCAUCGAGGUCAGGACUGGUUCUUCUGACUAAACGUGUCUCUGUGUCUCAGGACGACGAUGACGGCCACCUGCUGGCUCUGCAGAUCAUCAGAGACCUGGUGGACAAAGGAGGAGACGUCUUCCUCGACCAGCUGGCUCGACUGGGAGUCAUCAACAAGGUGUCCACUCUGGCUGGACCGGCGUCUGACGACGAGAACGAGGACGAAGCCAAACCUGAGAAGGAGGAGGAGGCGCAGGAGGACGCGAGGGAGAUCCAGCAGGGUAAGCCGUACCACUGGAAGGACUGGUCCAUCAUCAGAGGGAGGGACUGCCUCUACAUCUGGUCCGAUGCUGCCGCUCUGGAGCUCUCCAACGGAUCCAACGGCUGGUUCAGGUUCAUCCUGGACGGGAAGCUGGCCACCAUGUACUCCAGUGGGAGUCCAGAGGGAGGGUCGGACAGCUCCGAGUCUCGCAGUGAGUUCCUGGAGAAGCUCCAGCGUGCGAGGAGUCAGGUGAAACCAGUGACGUCCAGUCAGCCCAUCCUGUCCAGCGUUGGUCCCAGUAAGCUGACGGUGGGUAACUGGUCUCUGACCUGCCUGAAGGACGGCGAGAUAGCCAUCCACAACUCAGACGGGCAGCAGGCCACCAUCCUGAAGGAGGACCUGCCGGGCUUCGUGUUCGAGUCCAACCGAGGAACCAAACACUCGUUCACCGCCGAGACCUCGCUGGGCUCUGAGUUUGUGACGGGCUGGACGGGGAAGAGGGGCCGGAAGCUGAAGUCCAAGCUGGAGAAGACCAAGCAGAAGGUGAAGAGCGUGGCGAGGGAGCUGUACGACGACCACUUCAAGGCCGUGGAGAGCAUGCCCCGAGGGGUGGUGGUCACGCUGAGGAACAUCUCCACGCAGCUGGAGUCGGCCUGGGAGCUGCACACCAACAGACAGUGCAUUGAAGGGGAGAACACGUGGAGGGACCUGAUGAAGACGGCUCUGGAGAACCUGAUCGUAGUGCUGAAGGAUGAAAACACCAUUUCACCGUAUGAGAUGUGCAGCAGCGGGCUGGUCCAGGCUCUGUUCACCGUCCUCAAUAAUAGCGUUGACCUGGACCUGAAACAUGAUUGUAAGCCUUUGAUGGAGAGGAUCAAUGUCUUUAAGGCGGCUUUCAGCGAGAAUGAAGACGAUGAAAGCCGACCAGCUGUUGCCUUAAUCCGUAAACUGAUAGCGGUCCUGGAGUCGAUAGAACGUCUACCUCUGCACCUGUACGACACUCCGGGAUCCUCAUACAACCUGCAGAUCUUGACGAGGAGGUUGCGGUUCCGUCUGGAGCGAGCGCCCGGUGAGACGGCCCUGAUCGACCGGACGGGUCGCAUGUUGAAGAUGGAGCCGCUCGCUACCGUGGAGUCUCUGGAGCAGUACCUGCUGAAGAUGGUGGCGAAGCAGUGGUACGACUUUGAGCGUUCGUCCUUCGUCUUCGUGAGGAAGCUGAGGGAAGGACAGACCUUCACCUUCAGACACCAACACGACUUUGACGAGAACGGAAUCAUCUACUGGGUCGGAACCAACGCCAAGACGGCCUAUGAGUGGGUGAACCCCGCUGCCUAUGGCCUUGUGGUGGUGACAUCAUCAGAGGGCCGCAACCUCCCCUACGGGCGUCUGGAGGACAUCCUGAGUCGGGAUAGCUCCGCCCUCAACUGCCACACCAACGACGACAAGAACGCCUGGUUCGCUGUUGACCUCGGCCUCUGGGUCAUUCCCUCAGCGUACACCCUGAGACACGCCAGGGGUUAUGGCCGCUCUGCGUUGAGGAACUGGGUGUUUCAGGUGUCGAAGGACGGUCAGAAUUGGACGACUCUCUACACCCACGUAGACGACUGCAGCCUCAACGAACCGGGGUCGACGGCCACAUGGCCUUUGGACCCGUCCAAAGAGGAGAAGCAGGGCUGGAGACACAUCCGGAUCAAACAGAUGGGGAAGAACGCCAGUGGUCAGACCCACUACCUGUCUCUGUCCGGCCUGGAGCUGUACGGCACCGUCACCGCUGUCUGUGAGGACCAGCUGG